CUUUUAUAUGCAACCAUAGCAAGCAUGGCGGCGAAUGUGACACUUUCAGAAUUGCAAAUUCAAGAGGAGGGAGUAAAUAGAGACAGGGUGCGGAUAUAUGCCGAGUAUAAAUCACAUCUGUCAGUUCUCAACAUAACGUUGGAUUUUGGGAGCAGAUGUCACAAAAACAUCUCAGUUUCUACAGACCAGACCUCAGUUACUGCUGAAUUUGAUGCUAGACAGUGUAUAUUCCAUCUAGAGAAUGUAGAGUUGCUUCCUCUAUCGUGUAGAGGUUUGCAAUGGCAGCCGAGUGGAGAACUUCAGAUGACUCUGCAAGUAAAAGAUGAGAAGCAGCAUUUAGACUGCGAAGACCAGUUUGGGGUUGCAUGUAGAAAACAGGAGGACGUUUGUGCCAACAUUCAGACACAUCAAAACAAAUGUUAUUGUGCUUGCUGCGGUAAAAAGAUACUUAAAGAUCACAGUGUCUUCUCAAGAGUAUUGCCACUUCCAUCAGAAAAUUGGUCGGAUCUAGCUGAAUUCUGGUUUUGUCAUCGCCAUGGUGAUGAGGAAGACCAGACUCCAACAGUGUCGCCUAAACCUGGAGAUUGUUUAGUGGGCAGUUUCUACAUUCUUUUGUCCCAGUCUCACAUGAAAAUGAACUCUGUGACUUGCAGUGACAGCAAUGAACUGAUCAGAUGCAGUCGAUGUGGAAACAUUCUUGGAGUCACUUUACAAGAUGAUGAUGUUAAACCACAAAGAAAUGGGUUGAUCCAUCCGACCAGUGAUGUCAAGAAGACCACACCCCUCUGUCACCUGUAUCUCCACGCUGUCGCAUUCCAAGACCAGUCUAGUCUUUCCCCAUCUGUGUGGAGUGCCUCUAGUGUUGAAGUGUUCCUCUGCCAGUUGUUGCUGGAACAGAGUCGACUGUACACCAGCUACCGAUUCCUUCUCCAAUCUAAGAAUGCUAAAGAGGAGAACACCAUUAAAGUUCUUUUAUGGCUGAUUGAUCAAGACCUAACACUGUACAUGGGAGAAGGUCACUCAGGUCAACCUUCACACAGUGUCAAGGUCGAUGGCAGCAGGGUGGCUAAGGUGCUCUUUCGGUCAACUGUUGGCAAAAUGGACAGUUCAGCAUCUAGUCGCUGUGAUAUGUUCCUGUACCGGACAUGGGAGAAGGACAACACUGUUCAUGGCCUGACCCUGCCACGCCCACUCAUUCUGCAGCUGGUGUCCCUGCUAGUCGGCAACACAUCCAGUCUGCCCACCUCGCACAGGCAUCUCAACGGUUUCCAUGUGAGUUUCCUCAAAAAGGAUUGAGUCACAGAAAAGAAACCACCGAUGAAUCCAUAGGGACCAACACUCACCUCUAUGCUACUGGCAGCUAUAUGUUAUGGUGUAUGAUUUUGCUGUACGUCUGUACAUACAAAAGCAUUGUUUGCGUUAAAUGUUUAUUGUUAAGCAUGUAUUAAAGUUUUAUAUCAA